GUCUAGAUCUUGUUAAGUCUACGGAAAUUCCAUUGAAUCCCACCGUAUCUUUGCUUCAACUACACACUUGGUGCUUAAUAUUCUCUUCCACGAGAAAAAGAAUAACCGUUCUCUAUUCAGCCUGCCCUGGUGGUGUUUUUGUUUUUGCCCUGGCGGCCUUACGAUCGUUCCAAAUUUAGUCCGGAUCAAGAUACUGACAAGUUUUAUACCCAUAUUUCCGAUAUAAUAGUCAUGUCAGAAUACUCGUGUCCAGUCUCUGGCUCCGUUGGAGGAAGAUGUCCUGUAGGACACGCAGAUUCAAGCAGAAGCAGAAGUAAUAGUCGAAUGGGACCUCGAGGUUGUGCCUUUUCAGGAUAUAGCCAACCAGUAGACCUUCAUGCAGCCUUUGAUAUUCCGCGGGGCGUUGAUGCCGGGGAAUGGCUCCGGAUGAGAGAACGCAAAUCGAUAAAUCAGUUGCUUUAUACAAAUAUUCCAUCGGUCCAGGAAAUUAACGCGGUCAAGACUCAAGCAGAGCUCGAUGCCUUCAACGUUCGAGAGCAAGAUUUACUAGCCGUAGCGUUAGGCGCGCCAGCAAGGCAGGUUAUGCUGAGAGCAGAGGAGAUCGGCCCAAAAACUGGUUGGUUAGACGGCUAUCUCAGUGCAGAGCACGGUUUCUGCCCACCGGACUACGAAGAGGCCGCCGGCGCAUUAGCAAGGACUCCCGGUCGGGUAUGGGCCGAUCUCUGCGAGCGUAUGCCCGGUUGCGUUGCAAGAGGGCGUGUCCAAGAAUCCGUUGCAGCGCUUCCCCUCGUCGAAGGAAUCAAAGAGGUGAUCCCGGACCAAGCGUUGUGGGCAGCUCUAGUAGCUUUAGGGAUGAUAUGCUCAAUAUAUCGUUUCGAAGAAAAAUAUGAUGGUAGCGACGGUAUUACUUCUACGCGUACUAAGAAGAAGAGGCCUAACGUCCCAAUGGGCGAUGAGUUUGGUGAGGAGUUGGUUGGUAUCCCGCGGUGUGUAGCUUUGCCGUAUUACCAGAUCUCACGACGCAUGGGCCGGACUCUCCCUCAUCUUACCUUCCCCGACCAGUCCUCUUACAAUAUCAAGAUCCGAGAUCCUACCUCAACUUAUCCCUAUAUUGCACGCUCUGAGAACAUAGAUCUUCGUUGGCCUAUGUUUGGUGAGAAAGCUGAGGUAGCUUUCCUGAAAGGUUGCGCUGAAACGUCAGCGUCCUUCCAACAUGGCCCAGACGCAAUUGCUGCGUGUCAAGAGCACGUCAUGAACAGGAACGUAGAAGGACUUCUCCGUGAGAUGAUUCGACUGAAGGAAAUUCUGGAACGGAUGCCCAACGCUUUUCAUUCUAUCAAUGUUAACCCGAACUCGGGGGAGAACUACGUCCCGGUUCACCAGUGGGUUCGUUGGGCCAAAUUUUCUGCGCCUUUAUCCAGGAGAUGUCCAGCUUCUUCAGGUCUGCAAUUCCCGCCCUAUCUGGUCAUGGAUGCAUUUCUAGGACGGAAGAAAUACACAUCCUUCCUUGGUGCAGAGGGCGUACAUCUGAGGGCCUGGCUUCCUUCUAACCUUCGAGCCUUUAUUGCUGCCAUUGAGUAUCACUACCGCAUCCCCGAAUUUGUCCAGCAGUCUGGCGAUCCACGACUGAUGGGUGUGUUGGAUGGCAUUAUCGAGGCAUACACAGGCGAGCGGGGUUUCAUGGGCACUCAUCGUUACAAAGUCUUCGGUAUUCUGGAGAUCGCUGCGAAGACAGGACGUACUGAAACGAACGGCCUAUCUGGCGCUGCAGAUGCGUCGCGUCCAUGGGAAGAGACCCACAAGCAGUUUUCAGAUGCUAUGAAAGAACGUCUUGAACCAUACCGUGGGAGUCUGCCGGUCGAGCCACAUCAGAUGAGAGGUACCUUCGAAGAAUGCCGCUAUGUGACCAGAGUCCUGAAUCGAUCCCAUGUCGACUCCGACCCCACGCGAUCGAUUGCCUUAGUAACUCUGGAUAUCCAAGAUACGGGAAUCACUUUCAUGGCUGGAGACCGUCUCGCAGUCAUGCCCCUUAACAGCUGGGAAGAAUGUGCUAAGGUUGCCGCCGCUUUAGGAUUGGAGACCCGUAUCGACGAUCCGGUUGAUGUUACCGGGACAUGGUCUCGAUUCGAGCAGCAUCUAGCGUCUGUCAGAAGAACAACAGCAAAGAAGCUGACUGUGGCCGAUAUACUUCGUCGAGGUCAUCUAGCACCCAUUACAAAGAAGCUCGCCCUAAAAAUCCAUGGCCUCGUUGCUGCUUCCUCGAACACCGUCCUUCAAGUCUUAGCCACUGACGAAUGGCCCGUCCGAGGCUCGCUAGGUGAUUUACUGCAGGGCGCACUUAUGGAUACUCCAGCGCAAAUAUGGGAUAAGGCAUUCAACCUCGACAACCUUUCAUGGCUAGCCGAUCUCAUCCCGGUCGAAGUGCCUCGCACAUACUCUAUAGCCAGCUAUACAGACGAGCUUCUCCCAAGCACUGUUGAUUUGGCCAUCUCGCGUGCCGAGUACAAACUUUGCUCUACAUUUUCCAAGCAGAAUGACAUAAAUCGUGCUGGCGUCUCAAGUGGCUUCUUUAACCCGCAUCCCCCAUCCGACGAUAUGGUAUCUGACGACGAGAUCCUUGUCGGUGUAUCCCGGCCUCUGGCUUUCCAUCUGCCUUUGGAUAAUAUGGCCCCCUGUGCAUUCUUCGCCGGUGGCAGCGGAAUCGCUCCAUUCCGAAGCUUCUGGCAAUAUCGCUUGAAUACCAGUGGCUUGUCUGGAGGCAAGAAUCACUUAUACUUGGGUGUUCAGUCGCGCGAGAAAUUUUGCUUUGAGGAUGAGCUGAGAGAGUACGUGAAUGCGGAUUUUAUGGAAGUUCACGUAGCCUUCUCGAGGGAUUCCCGCGGCCUCGCUUACGACCCGCACACACACGACCUGGUUGAGAAGCAUAUCCCUCCUCGCUACAUCGAUACUCUAAUCGUUGAGCAAGGUGCCCCUAUAUCGGAUCUCGUCAUGUCGAAAAAGCAGGGAGGUUUAGGCGGGUACCUCUACGUGUGCGGCUCUGUUGCUGUCUUUGAUUCCGUGAUGAACGGAAUCCGCAAAGCAAUCUAUACUCACUGCACAGCAACUAUGGAAAACGUCGACCUUAUCAUCAAUAAAGCCUUCGCGGAGCGACGAUUCAUGCUCGACGUUUUCAUGACCCCUAAGCCCCUCCCUUGCAACCUACCAACAAUUCCAUUAUCUCAACUCGCCCAGCAUACUGGUCAUAGGCCGGGAUCCCGUAUGUGGAUUGGAGUUCACGGGAGCGUAUACGACGUCACAGACUUUGGCCCUAUGCACCCAGGAGGCAUACAAAUGAUCAAGUCUAAUGCUGGCGUAGACUGUUCCAAGUCCUUUGACAAUCUAGCUCAUACCAAUAAUCCUGAAGUUUCUAGUCUCUUGACUAAGUAUUUCGUCGGACACCUAACACCAAAACCCGAUUACCAAGGUGGCGAGGAAGAAAUGUCUGCUCUGUAUGAUCUGUGGGCAGGUUAUCUACGUACCACGGUUGAAACGCUGGUGGCACAUCAAAUCGAGAUGUACGAAAUUCAGGGUGCUUCAUCGAAAUCAUCCUCGGCUUACGACCCAUCUGGGUCUUCCAAUAUCUGGCUCCGUGAAGACCUACCCAACAUCAUCGCUAUUCGCACCUUUUAUGGUUACCAGAGCAGAUUACUACAAGGGGGGUUUACCGCCCUGUUCGGUGCUAAGCUACAGGAACUGGUACUCAAGCUCUCAUUUAGCCUCGCUAAUGCGGGUGGUUCUGGAGCAAAUAUCCAACUACCAGACGUGCUGGGAGCGGUCGCACGUGCGAAUACUAGUUCGGAUGCUAUACAGUGUACGAACGAAGUAGCACUUGUUGGCCAGUUCAUCUGCGGCACCUCAGAUGCCCUCCGUUUCCACGAGCGUGGUGUCUUCGCUUACGCAGCUAAGAGUGUAGAGCUAGACAUAGAAUUGCUUGAGGAUCUCCGCCAAGAAAUAGGGACUGGCAUGGACGCUUUUGACAGUAUUGCGAGCACAUAUAGCUCGUCCGACAAGAUGCAGGACCCGGAUUUCGAUGCCAAUCGCCUCACAGCUCUCUCAAGCUUCCUUCUCCAGAUUCUCGAGCGAAUUUCACGUCGUCUAGGGAUUUUCUAUGCCCAGCUUGCCCAGUGCUCAGUAUACAGGCCAGAGCUCGAGCGCAACCCCGCCAGAACCCGAUGGGCUCUCGUGCGACGGUGCAUUUGGGAUGGAAGUUUGUUUAUCAUGGCACAUAAAGCCGCCGCCGAUGUUCUCACAGCGGGACAGCAAUCGUCAUACUACGUGUCCCGUGCUAAUCCCAACCAGAACGUCGAUUUCGACCGCGUCAUGUCUCAAGUACGAGCAACCUUAGGCUCGGCACAAAUCGAAUUCCAGCCAAGCAUGCCGCAGCAACCUCUCACGUUAAACGCCGUACACCAGGCCCGAGGGAGGAGCUCGGGAGACGCGAGCGCAGUCGCAAUGCGGGAUAAUGCAGGUUCUUUACUAGCUAUGAAUAGCUUCGUAGAGAAGAAUAAUAAAGCAAUUCGUAGGCUCAGCAAGAUGCCUCCGAUGCCCAUGAGCUUCGAAGAGCUACAGAGGUCCGCUCUAGGACACACUGGUCUCCACACGCCGCCAGCAGACACCCCCGAGAUGAACGCCAUGAUGGCAGGUCUCAGCGUCAAGGAUCUAGCCGGCCACGUUACCAGACUCCCUACACCCCCGUCUAGCCGCGGAUCCAGCCGUUCUACAUCCCUAGUCCGCCGCCCAUCCAACAGCAUGUCGUCAUCAGCCGAGAUGCUCCUCAGCAAGCUUAACCAAUCCCGAACUCUUCACAGCCGACAGAGCGCUUCCACGGCCCAUCACACGCCACACCUGCCGCCGCAUCACGAGCAGCCGCAACACCUGCCGCACUACCCCGUAAUCGGCGGCUACCCAACACCGUCCGUACCCGGACACCCCAAGACUAAUGCCCACGCGGCACUAAGCUCCGUGAUGGGACAGCUAAACACACGACGUCCGCGCAGCGACGCACCGGCGUCUAUAUCUAGGUCGGCGUCUGUGUCUGUGUCUAGGUCUAUGUCUAUGUCUACUACAAACUCGCGUGUCCGAUCUACGUCAAGAUCUAGCGCGAGAAGCGUUGCGGGCCACGACCAUACUCACGGUCACGUCUCCAUGCAAUCUAUAACGUCGCUGCGCGCGUUCAAGCUUAGGGGGUUGGCGGAUGCGGGGGAGAGGUUUGCGCCGGCGACUUAG